CAUUCCAAAUCCCAUUUCCAUUUGUGCUUUCCCGAAAUUCCCCACGGAAUUCCCAAGGCGUCCUUCCCCCUCCCACCUGUCCGUCUCUCCAUCAUCCUCGGCACCACCAAGCAGGCCAACAAGGCCCACCUCACCCACACAGCGGCAGUCCAGUGCCUACCGCUAGAGAACAGAAAGCAUAAAGUGAACAGGCCCACCCAUUCCCCUCUUUACAAGGCAGGUCAAAUCUGAGCAAGAGAGCUCACACCUUUCGCGGCUAUUUCAGAUACGCUUCUAUCGAAUAGUAUGGAGAUGCACGUGGAAUGCUGUGGCGGGAAUUUCUGGUUCUACAUAGUCCUGAUUGUGUGUCUCGUCACGUUCUCCGGACUAAUGUCUGGUCUGACUCUCGGGCUCAUGUCACUGGGCCUGGUCGACCUGGAGGUUUUGCAGCAAAGCGGGUCGGAUUCGGACAAGAAGCACGCAGCUAGAAUCCUCCCAGUAAUGAAGAAGCCGCAUCUGCUUCUGUGCACUCUCCUCAUCGGGAAUGCUCUUGCAAUGGAGGCACUUCCAAUAUUCCUAGACGCCCUCGUGCCGUCGUGGGCCGCCAUCAUUCUCUCAGUCACUCUCAUUCUCCUCUUCGGCGAGAUCAUUCCUCAAGCAGUGUGCUCGCGGUACGGACUGGCCAUAGGAGCCAGCCUCGCUCCCCUCGUCAAAGUGCUCGUGCUGCUCUUCUACCCGAUCGCCCUCCCUAUCAGCAAGGUGCUCUUGGACCUCAUGCUAGGGGCCAGCAACGAGCCGCUGUACCGCCGGGCAGAACUCAAGGCCUUUGUCAACAUGCACGCCAAGAUGGAGGGAAGGGGCGGAGACUUGACGGUGGACGAGACGACGAUCAUCAGUGGGGCGCUGGAGCUGGCAGGGAAGACAGUGGCGGACGCCAUGACGCCCAUCCACCACGCCUUCUCGCUCAGCGUCGACACCAAGCUCGACCUGGAGACGAUGCAGCAGCUGAUGAAGAGGGGUCACAGCCGCGUGCCCGUGUACCAUGGCUCCCCCAACAACAUCAUCGGACUGCUGCUGGUGAAGAACCUCAUAUCUCUCCACCCAGAGGACGCCACCCCUAUCCGCAAAGUCCCUAUUCGCCGCAUUCCAAGGGUGCACGCUUCCCUUCCCCUAUACGACAUGCUGAACGAGUUCCAACGUGGGCACUCACACAUGGCUGCCGUCACUGCUCCCGCUCACUACCUCACCACCACCUCCACCAGUGCUAGCCUUGCCACUACCACUACCACCACCACGACCACCCGAGCCACUUCAACUACCAUCACUGUGGCACAUGUUGCUGGAACGACUGGUGCCAGUACCAUGACUAUGACGAGCCCCAGCACCAGCGUCACCAGCACGUGUGUGACCAACACGCCUGACUUCUCCCCCUUUGCCUCACCGCCGCCCUCGGUCAUCCUGUCCCGUUUCGUCAUACCCACUGCUUCUGUCCUUGCUGCUGAUUCGACCAGCUCAUCUGCUCACACCGCUGCUGUCGCUGCCGCUGGUGCUGCUGCUGGUGCGACGUCACGUCCACACCCCUCCGAUCCAGACGCAGUAGAGUUGUUGAAUGCAGGUGGGAAGGGCACUGCUAACAGUGACCCCAGUGCCCCUGAGAGAGCCAGUGUUAACGAGCCAGUAAGACGUCAGUCCCUGGAGCCGCUACUUUCUGUGAGCGUGCCAUGGGAUGAAGAUUUACCAGCCCCGUCACAACCACCAGCAGCAAUACCCACGAGAAAUCUCGCAAGCGAGCUAGCACUGCAGUGGGGCUUUGCACAAGGGUUGCCAGGACCCACAAUGCGUGCACCGCAGCUGACAGCUGCCGCUGUUUCUGCUGCCGUUGCUGCCAGGCAGCACAGGGAAGGCAAACGGCUGUUACUCGAUGCACAACAACGGCAGGGCAGUGGAUCGGUUGCCGGUGCAGGGGUGCGCAAGGGUCUGUUUCGCAGUAGUGUUGCUGCUGCUGACAUGGCAGUUGACGUCACUCAGCUAGAGGCUGCUGCGAGUAACGGGAGGAAGCGGAGGAGGAGGAAAGAUGGUGCACAGGACGCUGGUGCUGGCAGUCCUGGUAGGGGGGGCAACAGCAACGGGUUGGGGUCAAGUCCGAUGAGUGAUGAGGCUGAGGAGGUGGUAACAGGACCUGGUGAGGAAAGGAGGCUCAUGUCUGGUAGGGGGGGGUAUGCGGGGCAAGGGAACGAAGGGGUGGGAGGUGAGGGGAGAGGUUCGGAGGAGGCUAGGCAUGCAGAGUCAAGCGGUGGAGACGAGGAGGAAGCGGAGGAGGAGGAAGAGGAGGUGGUGGUGGGGAUAAUAACGAUGGAGGAUGUGAUCGAAGAGCUGUUGCAGGAGGAGAUUCUGGACGAGACAGAUGUCAACCUGCUCUUGCACCGAUGCGUCAAGAUUCCCUCCUCGAUAGAACGCACCCCUGAAGGCACGUCUGCGCGCGUAUCUGAGCACACUCCAAGCGGACAUGCACCUGAGCGUACAUCUGAGCCGAGUUGCACUCAAGCAACAGCAUUUUGUAGUGCCCCAUCCUCUAGCCGCGCGGCUUUAUCCAUGUGAAUACUAACAGGACAACUCUAGAUGCAGAUGUAGCUUUUUCCAUGAUCCUUUCGAAUGACGUAUCUACCAAAUAUGUACAUGUGAGUACCACCUCCAUAUCCCUCGCACUAAGACACGUUACGAUAUCCAUGGCCCUAGUAGUUGGAUUCCAGGGUGCGUGUUGAGAGUUAUGAUAGUAGAUGUGAUACUUUUUUCUCCAAG